CGAGGGAGCUGCUGCCACCGCCGCCGCAGUCCACACAAAGUCCCUUGCGCCUUGUCUAUUAGCGAGUUGACGCGCAGUACUUUCUAAUUCUCCGUCUCCUCCAUCCCACCACCUCCCCCAAAAAAUGUACGGCUCCGGUCCCCAGACUGGCGUCUCGACGCCUCGCUCUCAGGCGCAUCUCCGUCCCCUCAUCCUCUCUCACGGCUCGUUGGAGCACACCUUCCUCAUCCCGACCGCGCUCCACUUCAAUGCCUCGCAAUUGAAAGACACCUUCCUUUCUACACUGCCAGAGCCCACCGAGGAGCUUGCGCAGGAUGACGAGCCGUCCUCCGCGUGUGAAUUGGUCGCACGGUACCUCGGCUUCAUUGCCCGCGAGGUCGAGGAGGGCGAUGACCCCGGAUCCUUCGAGGAGGUCCUCAAGCUCGUCUUGAACGAGUUCGAGCGGGCUUUCCUCCGGGGUAACGAGGUCCACGCCGUGGCUGCUUCGUUGCCCGGCAUCGAGUCGAAGAAGCUGGCCACGGUCAGCGCAUACUACGCUGCUCGUGCGGCCGUUGACAGGCCCAUCAAGCACCACGAGUCGGCGCUGUUCCGCGAGGCCGCUGAUGGGAACGCUCACAUUUACCCUGUUUUCGGUGGUCAGGGUAACAUUGAGGAGUACUUCGAGGAGCUGCGCGAGGUCUACAACACCUACCCCGCUUUUGUCGAGGACUUCGUCAACGCAGCUGCCUCGCAUCUGCAGACGCUCUCGCGCGAUGCGCGUGCCGAGAAGCAGUACGCCAAGGGUCUGGAUGUCAUGAGGUGGCUGAACAACCGCGACUCGCAGCCGGACACUGACUACCUCGUCUCUGCGCCGGUUUCUCUGCCUUUGAUUGGUCUGACGCAGCUUGCACACUACGUCGUGACCUGCAGGGUCCUGGGAAGCCACCCUGGCCACGUGAGGAACUACUUCAGCGGUACCACUGGUCACUCGCAGGGUGUCGUGACCGCGGCAGCGAUUGCUGCGUCGAAGAACUGGGAGACCUUCGACAAGGCAUCUCGCGAUGCGCUUACCAUCCUAUUCUGGAUUGGUUCGCGCAGCCAGCAGGCAUACCCGAGGACGUCCAUCGCCCCCAAUGUCCUCCAGGACUCUAUUGACAACGGCGAGGGCGCCCCUACGCCCAUGCUUUCCAUCCGUGAUCUUUCGCGGAAGGCUGUCCAGGACCACAUUGAUGCCACCAACCAGCAUCUGCCCGAGGACCAGCACAUUGCCAUUUCUCUCGUCAACAGUGCCCGCAACUUUGUUGUUACCGGUCCCCCCAUCUCUCUCUACGGUCUCAACCUUCGUCUGAGGAAGGGCAAGGCCCCCACUGGCCUCGACCAGACUCGCAUUCCCUUCACUGACCGCAAGAUUCGCUUUGUGAACCGUUUCUUGCCCAUCACUGCGCCUUUCCACAGCCCCUACCUGAAGGAUGCGACCACCCACCUUGACGAGGACCUGAAGGAUGUUGUGAUCUCUAGCGAAAGCCUCGAGAUUCCGAUGUUCGACACGAACACUGGCAAGGACAUUCGGGAGGACAAGGCUGACAACAUUGUCCCUGCCCUCAUCCGCAUGAUCACUCAGGACCCUGUCAAUUGGGAGGUUGCGACGGUCUUCCCUAAUGCCACUCACAUUCUUGACUUUGGCCCUGGUGGCAUUUCCGGUCUCGGUGUUCUCACGAACCGCAACAAAGAGGGUACCGGUGUUCGCGUGAUCCUGGCUGGCACUAUGGAUUCCUCAAACACCGAGGUCGGCUACAAGCCUGAGCUCUUUGACAGGGAUGCCGAGCAUGCCGUCAAGUACGCUGUUGACUGGGUCAAGGAGCACGGUCCCAAGCUUGUCAAGACUUCUGCGGGUCAGACCUUCGUUGACACGAAGAUGAGCAGACUUCUGGGUCUUCCUCCUGUCAUGGUUGCUGGUAUGACUCCUUGCACGGUCCCCUGGGACUUUGUUGCUGCUACGAUGAACGCUGGUUACGAGAUUGAGUUGGCCGGUGGCGGAUACUUCUUCGACGGUAUGAUGGCGGAUGCGAUCUCCAAGAUCGAAAAGGCCAUUCCUGCCGGUCGCGGUAUCACUAUCAACCUCAUCUACGUCAACCCCCGUGCCAUGCAAUGGCAGAUUCCCUUGAUCGCACGUCUGCGUGCUGAGGGUGUCCCUAUUGAGGGUCUUACCAUCGGUGCUGGUGUUCCGUCCAUUGAGGUUGCCAACGAGUACAUUGAGACCCUGGGCAUCAAGCACAUUGGCUUCAAGCCUGGAUCGAUGGAGGCUAUCCAGCAGGUCAUCAACAUUGCCAAGGCCAACCCUACCUUCCCUGUCAUGCUUCAGUGGACCGGCGGCCGUGGCGGUGGCCACCACUCUUUCGAGGACUUCCACCAGCCCAUUCUCCAGAUGUAUGGUAGGAUCCGCAAGUGCGACAACCUCGUACUCAUUGCCGGCUCUGGUUUCGGUGGUGCUGAGGACACUUACCCUUACCUGUCUGGUGAGUGGUCCAGGAAGUUCGGCUUCCCUCCCAUGCCUUUCGACGGUGUUCUUUUCGGUUCCCGUGUCAUGGUUUCCAAGGAGGCCCACACUUCGCCGGCUGCCAAGAAGGCCAUCUGCGAUGCGCCUGGCCUCGACGACAGCGAUUGGGAGAAGACCUACAAGGGCGCCGCUGGAGGUGUCAUCACCGUCCGCUCCGAGAUGGGCGAGCCGAUCCACAAGCUUGCCACUCGUGGUGUUUUGUUCUGGGCCGAGAUGGACCAGAAGAUUUUCUCUCUCGACAAGGCUAAGCGUAUCCCGGAGCUCAAGAAGCACCGCGAGUACAUCAUCAAGAAGCUCAACAACGACUUCCAGAAGGUCUGGUUCGGCCGCAACUCUGCCGGCGAGUCUGUUGACCUCGAGGACAUGACCUAUGGCGAGGUUGUCCGCCGUAUGGUGGAGUUGAUGUAUGUCAAGCACGAGUCUCGCUGGAUCGACCCCAGCUUGCUCCGUCUGACCGGUGACUUCAUCCGCCGCGUUGAGGAGCGUUUCGCGACCGAGAGCGGCAAGCCUUCCUUCGUCCAGAGCUACGCCGAGCUUGAGAAGCCAUUCGAGCUUGUUGAUGCUCUCCUGAAGGAGUACCCCUUGGCCGACACGCAGCUCAUCAGCGCUCAGGAUGUUCAGCACUUCCUUUUGCUCUGCCAGAGAAUUGCUCAGAAGCCUGUGCCCUUCGUUCCUUCUCUCGAUGACAACUUCGAGUUCUACUUCAAGAAGGACUCCCUGUGGCAGUCUGAGGACCUUGAGGCAGUUGUUGACCAGGAUGUUGGCAGAGUUUGUAUCCUGCAGGGUCCUAUGGCCGUCAAGUACUCCACCAUUGUCGAUGAGCCCGUCAAGGACAUCCUCGAUGGCAUCCAUAACGGCCACAUCAAGAUGCUCACCCAGGAUCUCUACGGUGGUGACGAGUCCGCCAUCCCCGCGAUUGAGUACUUCGGCACCAAGCUGCUUGGUGCUCACGAGGAUGUUGUCGAGGUUGAGGGCUUGACCGUUUCUGAGGUUCAGGACAAGGUCAUCUACAGACUUUCGUCUGCGCCCAACGCCACUCUUCCCGACGUCACCUCCUGGAUGCAGCUCCUUGCUGGCAAGUCCUACUCUUGGAGACACGCUUUCUUCACGGCGGACGUCUUCGUUCAGGGUCAGCGCUUCCAGACCAACCCCAUGCAAAGGAUCUUCACUCCUACCCUGGGCAUGAUGGUUGAAAUCACCAACCCCAACGAUGCUGCCAACACUAUCAUCACUAUCAAGGAGCCCUCCACUGGUGGCAAGCACAUCAAGACUCUUGAGAUCAGCCUCCAGAACGGCAACGAGAUCUUCGUCAACAUGAUCGAAGAGCGCACUGCCCUCCAGCAGCCGGUUGCCCUUCCUCUCAAGUUCACCUACCACCCCGAGGCUGGUUACGCGCCAAUCCGUGAAGUCAUGGAGGCUCGCAACGACAGGAUCAAGGACUUCUACUACAAGAUCUGGUUCGGUGACGAGGCUUGCCCCUUCGAUGCCUCUGUCACUUCAACCUUCGAGGGUGGCAGGGCUACCGUCACCAGCGAGGCCAUCAACGACUUCGUCCAUGCUGUUGGCAACACCGGCGAGGCUUUCGUGGACAGGCCCGGCAAGAUCGUUUACGCGCCUAUGGACUUUGCCAUUGUCGUUGGCUGGAAGGCUAUCACCAAGCCCAUUUUCCCUAGGGCUAUCGAUGGUGACCUCCUGAAGCUUGUUCACUUGUCCAACGGUUUCAGGAUGAUUCCUGGUGCUGAGCCUCUCAAGAAGGGUGAUGUCCUGGACACCACUGCCCAGAUCAACGCUGUCAUCAACCAGGACUCUGGCAAGAUGGUUGAGGUUUGUGGCACCAUCACUCGCGAUGGCAAGCCCAUCAUGGAGGUCACUAGCCAGUUCCUGUACCGUGGCGCGUACGAGGACUACGAGAACACCUUCCAGAGGAAGACUGAGAUCCCCUUCAACCUCCACUUGGCUACCACUAAGGACGUUGCUAUCCUCCGUUCCAAGGAGUGGUUCAAGCUUGAGGACCCUGAGACUGAGCUUCUCAACAAGACCCUUACCUUCAAGCUGCAGAGCUUGGUUCGCUACAAGAACAAGACCGUCUUCAGCUCUGUUGAGACUGUUGGUGAGGUCCUCCUGGAGUUGCCUACCAAGGAGAUCAUUCAGAUCGCCUCCGUCGAGUACGAGGCGGGUACCUCCCACGGCAACCCUGUUGUCGACUACCUUGAGCGCAAUGGUACCAAGGUUGACCAGCCCGUCUUGUUUGAGAACGCGAUCAACCUUCACGGCAAGGCUCCUCUCUCGCUCAAGGCUCCUGCCUCCAACGAGACCUACGCUCGCGUGUCUGGCGACUACAACCCCAUUCACGUGUCCCGCGUAUUCUCCAAGUUCGCGAACUUGCCCGGCACCAUCACGCACGGCAUGUACUCCAGUGCCGCUGUUCGUAGCCUGGUUGAGACUUGGGCUGCUGAGAACAACGUCGGCCGUGUCCGCAGCUUCCACGCUUCUCUUGUUGGUAUGGUCCUGCCUGAUGACAUGAUCGAUGUCAAGCUCCAGCACGUUGGUAUGGUCUCUGGUCGCAAGAUCAUCAAGGUUGAGGCCUCCAACAAGGAGACCGAGGACAAGGUCCUCCUUGGUGAGGCCGAGGUUGAGCAGCCGACUACUUCUUACGUGUUCACUGGUCAGGGCUCGCAGGAGCAGGGUAUGGGUAUGGACCUGUACGCCAGCUCCCCUGUGGCUCAGGAGGUCUGGGACCGUGCCGACAAGCACUUCUUGGACAACUACGGCUUUGCCAUCACCAACAUUGUCAGGAACAACCCCAAGGAGCUCACCAUCCACUUUGGUGGUCCUCGUGGUAAGGCCAUCCGCCAGAACUACAUGUCCAUGACCUUCGAGACUGUCUCCUCCGAUGGCACCGUUAAGUCGGAGAAGAUCUUCAAGGAGAUUGAUGAGACCACCACCUCCUACACCUACCGCUCGCCCACCGGUCUGCUGUCUGCCACUCAGUUCACUCAGCCUGCCUUGACCUUGAUGGAGAAGGCUUCCUUCGAGGACAUGCGCGCCAAGGGCCUUGUUCAGCGCGACAGCAGCUUUGCCGGUCACUCGCUUGGUGAAUACUCUGCCCUUGCUGCGCUGGCCGAGGUCAUGCCGAUUGAGUCUCUCGUCUCGGUCGUGUUCUACCGCGGCUUGACCAUGCAGGUCGCUGUCGAGCGUGACGAGCACGGCCGUUCCAACUACAGCAUGUGCGCCGUCAACCCCUCUCGUAUCUCCAAGACCUUCAACGAGCAGGCUCUGCAGUACGUUGUGGAGAACAUUUCCCAGGAGACUGGUUGGCUUCUGGAGAUUGUCAACUACAACAUCGCCAACAUGCAGUACGUUGCUGCUGGUGACCUGCGCGCGCUCGACUGCCUCGGCAACGUGCUCAACUACCUCAAGGCGCAGAAGAUCGACAUCCAGGCGCUGAUGCAGAGCAUGAGCCUCGAGGACGUCAAGGCGCACCUGGUGGAGAUCAUCAAGGGUUGUGCGCAGCAGACCGAGGCCAGGCCCAAGCCGCUCGAGCUGCAGCGUGGCUUCGCCACGAUUCCCCUCAAGGGCAUUGACGUGCCCUUCCACUCGACCUUCUUGCGCAGCGGUGUCAAGCCGUUCCGUAGCUUCCUGCUCAAGAAGAUCCACAAGACCAGCAUCGACCCUAGCAAGCUCAUUGGGAAGUACAUUCCCAACGUGACUGCCAGGCCUUUCGAGAUUACCAAGGAGUACUUUGAGGACGUGUACCGUCUGACCAACUCGCCCAAGAUUGGCAACAUCCUGGCCAACUGGGACAAGUACGAGGAGAAGCCCGAGGUGGCCAAGGCCGCCUAGAUGGGAGCAAGGGGACGAGGAAAGAGGAAAACAAGGAAAAUGAACGAAGAUGAAUGUUUGUAAUGCUGUACGUAUUGGCGUUUGACGGGGUUUUUGAGUUUUAGAAGAUGCAUAGACGG